ACCAUAAAUAAUGGCAUGUUAUAUGCCCUGAAUACUGGCAUAGUGUAUACCCUGAAUUCUGCCAUAGUGUACACCCUGAAUACUGACAUGUUAUAUACCCUGAAUGUUGCCAUGGUGUAUACCCUGAAUACUGGCAUAGUGUACACCCUGAAUACCGGCAUGGUGUAUACCCUGAAUACUGGCAUGGUGUAUACCAUCAAUACUGGCAUGGUGGAUACCCUGAAUACCGGCAUG